GCGUCGAAUUCAAACAGAAAUUAUUCCCACAGCUCGCCUCGCCCAAAGAGAAAGACCUACAGAAAUGGAACAAGUUCAUCAUCAUAUACAGAACGUUCAGCGUCACCAAAACCGCCAAGAACGGCCAUUUCGCAGCAUUUUCAAUCGUCGUAUACGCCGAGACCUCUGCCACCCCCUCCUUCCGACAUCACAACUACAUCUAGACGAAAAAAUCCUGUACAUAGCGUUGUCAAGUCGUCCCCUCGUGAACCCGUAAGAGCAACUCAACACUUCUCUCAAUCGUCGUCAAGGGCAACGGGCAAUAGAGACGUCGUCAUCAGCAACUUGAGAGGAAACGAUGACGCCAGGGAGGCUGUUAACAAUUUGAGGAGUCGGGAAAGAGAUAGAACUAUGAAAUCACGUGAUGUGAAUAACAGCUAUGCGUUUCACGGUGGUAGUAGAGAGAAAUUGGAUGUUGGAAUGUUAUCAAGAGAUGUUGGGUGUGAUGGGAGGGUUGAGAGGUCUCUUCCGUAUGGUAGUACUGCUAUGCGGAGAGCUGGCAGUAUGGAGUCGUUGAUGUCAGUGAAGAUUGAUGAUGAUGACAGUCAUGACUCGAGGAAAUUGAUGGGAGGGCGGGGCUCGUUUACUCCUACACCAAGGAGAAGGUCACACAGCAGUGACAUGAAUGCGUCACAUCAGGCUACACCAAAGACUUACUUUAGUGAUUUGCAUGGGACUACCUCAAGACAAUUGUCGUAUGAAGAUCUUAUGAAAAGUUUAAGUGCAACUCGUUUACGCAGUGAUGCAAUAAAAAGAGACAUUGAUUUCACGUCAGUGAAAAAACUAGAAUUCGAUAGAAGAACACACACAUACUUGGGUGGAAGUAGAACAUCACAACAUUCUGAUAGCUCUGGAGGCAGUAAGACAAAUAUAACACUUGGAUCUCGGUCAUCAGGCAGCUCAGGAAAUCCAGGUGGCUUAGUUGGACUGAGAAAUCUAGGAAACACAUGUUUUAUGAACUCCGUCCUUCAGUGUCUCAGUCACACUAAACCACUCUCUUGUUUCUUUAACAAAGACAUCACAAUGAAGAUAAGUGAGAAGAGCAGCAUGAAAGGUCGUCUAGUUAAAGCGUUUGCGGAUCUUAUGAGUGAGAUGUGGACGUCGCCGAGUCAAGAUUCUGUUGUGUCUCCGUCAUUGUUUAAGCUACGAAUUCAGAGGUUUGCGCCGAGAUUUGUGGGUUACAGUCAACAAGACUCUCAAGAGUUUCUUCGAUUUCUACUUGAUGGUCUUCACGAUGAACUCAAUCAAGCUACUGGCAAACCAGAACGAGAACCGCCAUUACUGAAGGGAUCAGAACUGGCAGAGUGGUCGUGGAAUAAUUACAAGAAAUAUGCUUAUAGUAAGAUUACAGAAUUGUUUGUUGGUCAACUAAAGAGUACAGUCACAUGCACAAGGUGUGGCAACAUAUCAGACACGUACGAUCCAUUUUGGGACCUCUCGCUACCAAUUCCUCAAAAGAAACGUUCUAGCUACACACAACCCUAUUCCUUCACUUCAUCAUACUUAUCCUCCAGUGAAAGACUGGGCUUCAGCACGUCAAUAGUAGACACUCCUUCGCUCAUUGAAUGUUUUCAACUCUUCACAAAAGAGGAAACUCUUGACGAAGACGACAAACCAUAUUGCAGUAGUUGUCGUGCUAAGACGAAGUCGACGAAGCAAAUGAUGUUGGAUAGGUUGCCUCCCGUGCUGGUGAUACACCUGAAACGGUUUGGUGGAUUCAGAUUUCGUACCAAGGUGUCAACAGUCGUGUCUUUUCCAACAGAAAAACCAUUGGAUCUGGCACAGUUUUGCUCGUCCAAGCAAGCUACCACUUCCGCCAGCUACCAUCUCUACGCUGUAUCCAACCAUUCAGGCAGCACAUUUGGUGGUCACUACACAGCACAUUGUUACCACCACAAACUCAAAACGUGGUACUCAUUCAGUGACUCUCACGUCCACAACGUGUCUGUAGACAGCGUCUGUGGAUCACAAGCUUACGUGCUUUUCUAUGAACGAGAACGUGAGCGUGAAAGCCGUUUAUAAAAUGCUUGUUCAUGUGUAGAUACAACAGUGUGUAUGAUAUCCUCGAUUAAUUAACUGGUUUGGUGUAAAUGUUGUUCCAUCUAUCAAUUGAUUAUAGACCGAGUUAUUGGAAGGUGAUUGGUGUCAGG